AUGAUCGUACAGAAAGAUGCCGCCUUUCAUUGUGUCGUUGAACUGGGACGGCAAGGCGUGGUGCAGUUUAAAGAUGUAAGUAGUAUCGUUGUUUUUACGCUGGCUUAGAUAAUAUAACAAUAAUGUGGUCUUAAAAACGAAUUAUUGUAUAUAGAAUUGACACUUUAUAGUCGGUCCGGUUUUUAAAAAUAACUUUUUAUCACAAAAUUAAAUGUAAUACCUACGCUUUAGCUAAAUCAACAUCUGGGACUGUUCCAAAGAACUUUCGUAAGGGAAGUUCGAAGAUGUACAGAGUUGGAGCGGUGCAUACGUAAGUACCUCUGACUUUUUGUUUUCUAAACUGUGUAUAGGAUACGAAUUAUUUUCAACCGUAUUUUACAAAUUGCAAAAAGCCUUAAACUCUAUUUUCUAAACUUUAGGCUACAUAGAAGAAGAGAUAAACGAUGCUGGAGCAGACAAACAUAUUCCUCCGUUGGACAGUACGAACACAGAGGUCAUACAACAACGUGAGAUAUACGAUCUGGAGACGAAAUUAUACGAACUGGAACGAGACCUGCGGCAGUUUUUGGCCAACGAAGAGCAAAUCAAACAGAAUUACAACGACAUGAGGGAAUUCCAGUGUGUUCUGCAGAAGGUGGAGUCCUUCUUCAACGUGCAUCUGGAAGACAUGGCCAAGACGGAGCUGGAUGCAGAGGGGUUGGAUGACAAAGUCAAUGACUUGGUAAGGCAAGAUUGCGACAAUCUAUCGUAAUAAGCAUUUUUCACCAUAAUUGUAAGCCUUGAGUUAACUUCUCGAGAUUUCAGGGUACUCCGUUGACACCGCUUCUGGAGCGAAACCAUGAAACACCGUGGUUCAUUGCUGGUAUCCUAGAAGCCCAGAAACGCCAUUCUUUUGAAAGAGUACUGUGGAGAGCUUGUAGACGAACAGCUUUCGUACGUACAGCCGAAAUCGAUGACAUGUUCGAAGAUCCACAUACAGUAAGUUUUCAGAAAAGAACUAAAAGUAUCCAAAAGGUGGUUUCUCAGCAUACUGUAAUAGCAUUUGUAUUUCUGCCACAUGAUAGGGGAAGACUUGACACGCAUCAGCUUUUUACCAAAAAUUAUUUGGCGUUGGCCCAUAACCAACAUUGAUAAUAUAAGGAUAGAUUUAUUUACAUUUCAGGGCAAAUUAUAUGCCAAAUCAGUAUUCAUCAUCUUCUUCAACGGUCAGAAACUGCAAGACAUUGUGAAUCGAGUAUGUGACGGCUUCAAUGCCAAACUAUAUUCAUGUCCAAAAAGCUCGAAAGAACGUCGACUGGUCGAAGCUGAUGUCACAUUAAGGCUACACGACCUACGAGUUGUAAUUGAAGAAACGGAAAAACAGAAAUUCAUUGUAAGUUUCUUGACUUUAAAGCUUUUAAGCAACAGAUCUGUGAUCUAAUACUAUCACAUAUUUGUUACCUAAAAUUUAAUAAUUAAUUUUAUGUUUGAAUAGCGUUUAAACCGUUCUGUUCUUACAAUAUUUUAGGAAGUAAUUUAAAGACAUAGUGUUUUAGCUUCUGAGUACAGCAGCUUCACAACUUCCAGAAUGGGCAAGGACUGUACAUCUACAGAAGUGUGUGUACCAUGCCUUGAACCUGUUCACGUUUGACACAAGUGGCAACUUUUUUGUUGCUGAAUGUUGGCUGCCAGAAAGGGAACUAGACGCCGUCUUUCAAACAUUACAACGAGGCGUGGUAUGUUAUGGUUCCAAGAUGUUUUAUAUUCAUAUGGUCAUUUUAAAUAGUUUAUAUAUGUCAUUUCAAAUAACUUAUAUAUAUAUAAGCUCACAUUCUAGGACAAAGCUGGCUCAUCGAUAAGACCCAUAAUCAACGUAGUAGAGAAUUCCGAGACUCCGCCCACGUUUAACAGGACCAACAAGUUCACCAGAGUGUUCCAGAACAUUGUGGACUCGUACGGUGUGGCAUCGUACCGAGAAGUGAAUCCGGCUCCAUUCACGAUAAUCACCUUCCCCUUCUUGUUCGGCAUCAUGUUCGGAGACUUUGGCCAUGGACUGAUAAUGGCAUUGGCUGGACUGACCUUUAUCUACUUUGAGAAACGAAUUAACGCCGCCAAGAUUAAGGAUGAGGUAGGGUGAAUACUAGGCCUAAUAACGUUAGGUAGUUUCAAGCUUAUUUUAAUUAUAGAAAUUGUCCUGUAAUAUGUAAUACUACACAAUAAGACGCAUUUACAGACACUUUACAGCACUAUUAGCUAUGUUUAUAUGUUGUGUCACUUCAAACUGAUUUUUCCAGAUCUUCAACACAUUUUACGACGGUCGAUUCAUAAUAAUAUUAAUGGGUGUCUUCUCCAUGUAUGCUGGUAUAAUAUACAAUGAUGUGUUUGCCAAAUCAGUUAAUAUCUUCGGAUCACGAUGGGAACCACCAGGAUACGACCAGUAUGUUAUUGGGAACAUGACAAAACUUGAAUUGGCAAACAAAAUCGAAGUUGAUCCAAAGGACGCGUUCAAAAAAGUGGUAUGAAUUCAAUUUUAAAGUACUUUUUUAUUAUUACAGUAUCUUCACAUUAAUAUAUAUGUAAUGUACUUUUUGAAUAAUAUUACACUUGAUGUAAAUUGGAGUACAAAUUCAGUUUUUUGCUAUAAACGUUUAGUUUGGUACUGUAAAAUGAUUUUCUAGUACGGUCCAUACCCGAUUGGUGUUGAUCCUGUAUGGAUUCUGGCAAAUAAUCGACUAAACUUUCUGAAUUCUAUGAAGAUGAAGGCUUCGGUUGUCAUCGGGAUCACACAAAUGACGUUUGGUGUUAUACUAUCCUUUAUGAAUGCAGCGUAAGUGAUUUGAAGCUAACAUAAUAUAGCAUUCUUAUCAGUAUAGUUAAGGUAACUUACAUUUAGAAACUUCUACUAUGCUAAUUUUUAUGCAAAUUAUAAAUUUCAGGUUUUUCAAAUCGAAAGUGGACAUCUUCACUCAAUGCAUACCUCAACUAAUCUUCCUCAGCUCUAUCUUCAUUUACUUGUGCGGUCAGAUCUUCGCCAAAUGGAUAUUCUUCUGGGUGGAGCCGGCUAGAGUAUUCAGUUUAUAUUACCCAGGCUCUCAUUGUGCACCAUCGCUACUAGUUGGCUUGAUCAAUAUGUUCAUGUUCAAACAAAGGGCUGUUGGUUUCACGGAUUCAGAAGGAAAUGAAAUCAAGAACUGCCAUUUGUCCUAUUGGUACCCUAAUCAGGCAAGUAGAUGUUUAUUUUUGGUUUUAAUGUAUAAAUUGUAGUAAAAAUAUUGUUUUAAAGUUUAGAUGUAAUAUAUUUUAAUUACAUUUUUGCUUUUUUUAGAAGGAAUUAGAACACACAUUAGUGAUUGUGGCCUUGUUGAUGAUACCGAUAAUGUUGUUUGGAAAACCCCUGUUCUGGCUGUUGUCACGCAAGAAGAAUCAGAAGCGACGUGUAGAAACAAGGAGACCAACAAAUGUGGUAUGCUAGGAGGAUAUUAAAAAAAUGAACCCCUACUUCAAAUUUUAUUGUACAACGGUUUCAUAUAACACGUACUUUCAGAGUGUACGCAUCAAAAUGGGAGCGGGCGAGGAAGCCGAACUGAUAAGUGAACUGCCAGAAACACCUAAAAUCAGACACAAGUCCGAGAGUAUGUCAGCACGAUCGGAGCACGAACAAAAAGUGAGUAUAGUAUAUAAACUAAAUAUAUAUGUAGAAUAAAGUAAAUGCAUUAUAAUGUUUUGCCUCAUAAAUAGUUAAAUAUUUCAAUGCUUUAAAUUUGGCCGUUACUUAAAAUGGUGUUACGUUUUUAGGAAUUUGGCGACGUUAUGGUACACCAGUCGAUUCAUACAAUAGAGUUCGUACUUGGUUGUAUAUCACACACAGCGUCGUACCUGAGGUUGUGGGCCCUGUCUUUGGCUCAUGCGCGUAAGUUUUAAAAAUAUUAGUUUUCCUUGAAAAAACAUACUAUUUUAUAUUAUUACAACUUUUGUUGGUUAUAUCCUCUGUCUAAAGCCUGACCUUCCGCCGGACCCUGGCUAUUGCAAAAACUUAGCAGUAAAAUUCAUUUAUAUACUGAUGUUGUUUUAGAGCUCUCUGAAGUUUUAUGGGAAUUCGUGCUACACAAAGGUCUGUCAGUAGACCACGGUGUUCUCGGAGCUGCGGUAUUGGCCGUUAUGUGGUUCAUCUUCUUCUUGUUGACAGUCGCCGUUCUGGUACUCAUGGAAGGACUAAGUGCGUUCUUACACGCUCUCAGGUUACAUUGGUACGUUCUUUCUUAUAUUUUACUUAUUUUUGUUAUAACAAGGUUAUUGGAUAUGUACGUGCUUGGGCAAAAUGUAUAUUAUAUUUAGCCGUACAUGUAAUAAUUAAUCACUCACAUUUUAGGGUCGAGUUCCAGAGCAAGUUCUACGAAGGCGCUGGAUCUCCAUUCCAACCAUUAUACUUCAAGGCUUCUCUUCGAAAACUGUGCGCAGAGAGUCUGUACUACUGA